ACAAGUUUAGAUUUCAGUCGAUGCCCGCGACUUACGCGGUACUCGGGUUUCGUUCGAUCGCCGCGAUCGAUUGGUCGCGAUCGCCGGUCCCGUAACGGAGUCGGGGAACAGCUGACCGGCUUGUCGCGAUCGCUCGAGUUAGAACGGCGAUAUACAUACGGCACGCACUUUCGUAGAAUCCACGUGUGGCGUAAAGUGCGAGAUCGAUGAGACUGGUGCCUGUUGUUUUCUGCGCUCAUGAUUUACAAAUUACAUCUCUCGAAUUCGCUCUGGAGUCGCGCUCCUAAUAUUAACAUAUUAUUUUUACUUUACUUGGUAAAAUAGAGUAGGCAAGCGAGAGGAUUAUCGAGUGUGGGCCUGGGUAGCCCAGUAGAAAGAGCAGUCGCCCGACAAGCGGAAGAUCCCAGGUUCGAAUCCUGGUCUAGUCAUCGCUCGUUAUUUUUCUCAUCCAAAAGUUAUUACGCAGUGCGUCUUUUGUUAGUGUCUACCUUUUCGCAAAUACGUCCCUAUUUAUUAUCACGGAUAUUCUGUUUAAAACGCGUAAUGCGUGAGACGUACGAAUAAUGCGACGAUUGGCCUCGACGUGGGCGCAAUUUCCAUCGGCAGACUUGCGUUGAAAGAUAUGUUCUCCCGAGGAUUACUCCCUCAGGAAUGAAGUGGAUGAGCGGGCAGUGCGACCCUCGAAAUCGCUCGAGUGGAUUCGCCGUCACGCGGCGAGUGGGUUUCGAAAGUUCGGCUUUUGCCUAGCGUGCCGACAACCUUGCUGUUAUUAGCCCUCGUCGUGCCUUCCCUUCUCCGUCGUGGUCGCCGUCGUGACCGUCACUGCUGUGGCUCCGCGACGUCGGACCUUUCUCCACGUUGUACAUUUCGCAUUCCCGCGAUAGUUUCUUCGUGCGGCCUUCUCGUUCUGGAUUCUUUCGACGUGGGACAGUGACGGUGUUAUCGGUUCUCGCGAGAUCUAAAUCUUCGACGACGACGGCGACGGCGACGGCGGUGGCGGCGGCGACGGCGACGGCUAUAUUGAUGACAAUAUCGAUGAUAGCUGCGAAGAGGCGGAUAUAGCAAUCGAACGAGUAUUUCUGGAGCAAAAGCUCAAACGAAAGUUUUGGUCGACCCCCGCUCUGAUUUGCUCGGCUUCAAGAAGGAUGGGUGUCCUCCUGCUGCCGGAUAGUAUCACGUCGCCGGUAAUGCAAUCGCGCGCGACCCUGAGCGCCGUCGUCGACGUCGUUGCCGAGACGAACAACAACGUGAGCGGCUUGACGGACGCGAAUAACCCACCGUCGCCAGCGCCGGCUCGGGUCGCCGGUAUAAUCGACGUCGUCGACGGCGGCGAGCCGCUUCGACACAGUAGCGAUUGGACACCACCUCCGCCAAAGAAAAAAUGGAUACGACACUAUCUGCUCGAGGAAGAACCGUUGGAGAACAGCAGAAUGAGUCUGUCGAUAGCUUCCCGAGGCACCUCGGUGGUCUCGAGCACACGAACCACUCCGGCAUCAACUGGAUCAAACUCUGUUCAGCUGACUGCGCUGCAUUCCGUGUCUCAUCAUCAUCAUCACCACCCUCAUCACCACCAUUCACAACAACCGCAGCAGCAACAGCAGCCACAGCAGCAGCAACAGCAGCAGCACCAGCCACAGCAGCAGCAACAUCAUCAGCAGCAGCAGCAGCAUCAUCAUAGCGACCAUCUUAACACACAUAAUCAUUAUAUGGAGAAUCACAAUCCGAAUCAAUCCCAGCAAAAUACGAGUAACCUCGUUGUCGAUGUUGAAACGAACCACGAUAAUAAGAAACAUCGAUCUGGAACGUGCGUGAUUCGUUCCGGGACCAGGGAAGUGCACAACAAGCUGGAGAAGAAUCGGAGGGCGCAUCUGAAGGAGUGUUUUGAACUUUUGAAGAAGCAGCUACCGUCGCAGGACGAAAAGAAGUCUUCGAAUCUCUCUAUUCUCCAUGCAGCGAACAAGUACAUACAGACAUUGCGAAAAAAAGAACGAGAUUAUGAACAUGAGAUGGAGAGGCUUGCGAGAGAAAAGAUCGCAGCUCAACAGAAAUUGGUGAAAUUGAAAAGAGAACACAGUUCAACUUGGGAACCUAUCGACCUUAAUUCCCUUUUGCUGGAGCAAAAUUCUAGGACAGAUGCGGUGAUUGCCAAAAACGAGAGUGCGGAAGUUGAUAUUACUGGACUACCACGGGGUGGCACGAGGUACAGCAGCACGAGCAGUCUAAACAGCGUGACGACGGCCAGUUCCCCACAAGCAUUGCAGUCCACUAGCACGACUUCCAAUAUUCAUAAUCAAGUCGCGACCACGGGUGUUGUUUGCCAAACGCAGGAUCUGAAUCUUGCGCGAGGUUCGAGGGAGAGCCCACCCGCAAGUUCGACUACCGGAACGGUAUCCGCAUCCAGCAUUUCUACUCCAACGCAGGAGAAGGUCGCUACAUCGCCUACCACCAGUAUAGUGCAGCAGCCGCAUCAGUUGCAUCUGCCCAUCAGUGCCCAGAUGUUGAAUACGAGUCAGGGUCUUGCUACCAUUGUGCCAGCUCUGCAGCACAUUGGGCCGGGACUUAGGGUAAUACCGGGUGAUACGCGGCAGCUCUUAGUCACCCACACCGCCGGCAACAACGAAUCCAGGCCGCUGACGUUGGCGGUGCAGAACUCCUCGGAUCAGUCCAGGCCGCCGCUAAUUGCGGUACAAUCGAAUACUGGGAGUGAGCCGAGACCCGUGGCAUUGGUCGUUCACUCGUCCACCGCCAAUGAUAAUCGGGUGACGUUCGUGCACUCCAAUCUGUCCAACAACGAUAGGCCAUUGGCCCUGGCUGUGCAGUCGUCUGCAAGUGAUGUCAGACCUGUUACCUUUGUGCAUUCGGGGAACGAAGGUCGAUCGUUGGUCCUCGCCACUCACUCACCUGCACUGAAUGUGUCGAAUGCCCAGACGAGAAUAAGAACGGGAGAUGCGCAAAACACGCAUAAGAUGGUCGGUGGUGUAACGCUCGUCGGCGGUAACGGCUCGGAAUUGACGAGACUUCCUGGUGGCGCGGAACUGAACAUACUUCCGGCAAAUGGAUUAACUUUAAGUCACGGAGUAUCGCUUCAAACCUCCGCGGGCAAACCAACCUCGACAAUGAUGCAGAGCUCUCCGUCCACAGAGAGUAUAGCUCAUAUCGUCAGCCAGCAUACGCCUCUCUCUGGCCUGACUCCGAUUGUUACGCCGAUGACUGUUGUUUCUCAAGGUAGCCAGGUGACCGCUCAUAUCUUGGCACCGUCAAGCCUGGCGGGCAAGAUGAUCACUACGCCAAUUCUCAAGUCUGUGGGACAAAUGCCGCUUGUAAAUGCCCAAUAUCUUAACACCACAACUCUCGUGAAACCGGUCGUCGUGGUGAGCUCACCGUCAACGUCGACGGCGUCCUCGACGACAGCGGCGACGGCUUCCGGCACGCAACCCUCUUCGACCUCUAAUUCGACCGUCUGACAGAAUCAAGGAAAGGUGAAAUUAAUCUGAUCGCGUUGGAAUAUCAAAAUACGAUUUGCCGGUGUUUUUCGAAUAAAUUUACGUUUAUUUGAAAUAUACCUGUCUUUUGUUGUCUGUUGGAAUCGCUUAAAUAUGGUAGUGACAAAUUAGCGAGAAUAAGCGAUUUGAAUCUGGAAUUGUUUUACGACAGACAGUGAAUACCAUGAAGGAUUCUUAUGCGAGAUAAAUCUAUUGUGCUACUUCUAACAUCCAAGUGGUAUUGCAUUCUGGAAUGUCAUUUGUUUUCCGUGAGAAUUGACAUUCAAAAUACGAGCUCUUCCGAGGAGUAAAUUGACUGAAAAAGUGUGAGAAAAGGUCCUUGCUCAAUAUGCGAUAUAUAUAUUGUUCAUGGUACAAUACUUGAUUUUAUUGAGGAGGAUAGUUUAUCGCAAGUAAAUUACAUGUAAAGUUUAAACAAUUAAUUUAUGACAAUAGCCUGAGUGUCCAAGAAUGAAAAAGAUUUCACGCUAGUUGACGAAGCUGAUGACGAAUUGACACUUUUAAAACUUUUGGUUUCUGGUCUCGUCUAAUUUUUGAAUCAUUGUUUUGUCAUAUUCUCGACUCGGGGAUUUCUUCGUUACGCUUUAACAGAAACUUUUUUUUUAAGUGUUAUAUUAUUUCGUGAGUCCAAAAUAUGUUUUUCUAUGAAAUGGGAAACGAGAGAAAGCUUUGACUUGCAAUAGAAGAAAUUUUACUUUUUAUAUAACUUUUAAAUUGCUUGACUGUGUUUCGUAAGACCCAUAAAAAAAAUUGACAAGUUUCAUGACUUCUUAUUACAACUGAAGAAGUAUCACAGGAAAUGAUAAUGACGGUACACUUAGAAUGAUAUUAAAGAUUCAUGCUUUACAACAGGAAGGAUUGGAUUUAAUUAUUUAGCGAGCGGAAGUUUAAAAAUCAAAAAUUACGAUGAGUUUUGUGUCUUAAAAUGGUUAAACGGCUGUGGAGAACGGAUAUUGAACUCUAUGUGGAAGUUCGUCUGUUUAAUUUUCACAAUUUAAUCGCAAGAUGGAUUAAAUCUUGCUAAAUUGACGAUAAAGACGAAAGUUAUUAAUUAUUUAGAACAGUGGUAUAUAGGUUUAUAAUACAUAUUAAGUAUUUAUUCAUCUGUAUUUAUUAUAUGUUUACAUGCGUAUUAUACAAAUCGCUAUCGCGCUUUUCACGAACACAUAAUUGUAACGCGCUACGAAUAUAUUGGUUUCUUCAUGC